AUGGUCUGUCGAAGUCGCCGCUCCCUCUAUGGUCUUAAACAGGCCCCUCAUGCCUGGUUUGAACGCUUCGCCUCUGUGGUGACUGCCGCUGGUUUCUUGCCCAGUGAUCAUGAUCCCACGCUGUUUGUUCACACGUCUCCUCGUGGUCGGACUCUUCUCCUUGUUUAUGUUGAUGACAUGAUCAUCACUGGUGACGACUCUGACUACAUCGCCUUUGUUAAGGCCCGCCUUCACGACCAGUUCCUCAUGACUGAUCUUGGUCCUCUUUGCUAUUUUCGUGGGAUUGAGAUCUCCUCGACCUCUGAUGGCUUCUACAUCUCUCAAGACAAAUAUAUUCAGGAUCUUCUUGCUCGAGCUGCUCUCAGUGAUGACUGCACUGUUCUGACUCCUAUGGAGCUCAACGUUCAGCUUCGUGUCUCUGAUUGUGACCCUCUUCCUAAUCCCACUCGCUAUCGUCACCUCGUUGGUAGCCUUGUCUAUCUUGCUGUUACGCGUCCUGACAUCUCCUAUCCUGUUCACAUCCUGAGUCAGUUUGUCUCAGCCCCCACCUCUGUCCACUAUAGUCACCUCCUCCGUGUUCUACGAUAUCCUCGUGGCACGAUCUCUCAGCACCUUUUCUUUCCCCGCUCCAGUUCUCUUGAGCUCCAGGCUUACUCUGAUGCUACCUGGGCUAGUGAUCCUUCUAAUCGAUGCUCGCUGUCUGCUUACUGUGUCUUUCUUGGUGGCUCUCUUAUUGCCUGGAAGACAAAGAAACAGAUUGCAGUUUCUCGCUCGAGUACAGAUGCUGAGGUUCGAGCCAUGGCUAUGCUGACGGCUGAGGUGAUCUGGUUACGGUGGUUGCUUGAGGACUUUGGUGUGUCUGUUGCCACCUCGACUCCCUUACUGUCAGACAGUACUGGUGCUAUCAGUAUUGCGCGCGACCCGUUGGCUGACUUCUUCACGAAGGCACAGAUUCGAGCGCAGCAUGCCUUUUUCCUCUCCAAACUCAGUGUUGUUGAUCCACCAUGA